UUAUAGCGGGACUACGGUGGGCAUUCUGACACUGGGGGGAACUGACUUGGUGACACUGACAUCCCCAGUGACACCAGUACAGUGAUCAGUGCUAAUAAAAAGCACUGACACUGUACUAAUGGCACUGAGCAUGAACGGGUUAACAUGUGGUGCGAUCAAAGGGUUAACUGUGUGCUGUUUUACAUUAUGUGCUGUCUGUGUGCUUCACUGUAAACACACUGCUUUGCAUGACAGUGCUGUGCACAGCCAUGCAAAGCACUGUGAAGAGGCUGACAGGGAGGAGAACUGUUUUGUUUACUAACA